CGAUGUGGCUGGAACACCGGUCAAUCGGAUGGAGAUCGGCCUGGCAACCUCGACUCCAGGCUCAUUAGGCAUCAAGUUUAGGUCAGGCUCAUGCGUUUGUCUACGGUGUACGGUACUGCACACCAUGCAGCUUCAUCAAUACCCGCCCGUGUCCUUUCCGUCAACCUCCAGACCAAGAUGGGAGCACGAAGAGUGGUGGUACGGAGUCCGCGUAUGGCACACGGGAAAAAUCGACGAUCCCCCCUUCUGCCCGGCGGAGCGCGCCUGUAGCAGCACAUGGGACGAGACAG